AUCACACCUCAGUUGCGAUCAUGGUGAAAACCAGAAAUAUGUGGCUCCGUGAUGCAGUAUCUCGUGUUUCUGGGCGGACGGACAAAUCAAACCUCCAGCUUCCUAACUGUGGAUCUAAAAAUCUGUCCUCCUUUGCCGAAACCUCCCUCUCCUACUACUGUUGGCUCUGCGCAUUAUCGUUCUUCUCGAAGUUUGGCCGGCAAAGGCCCGACCUGCUUAAAGCAACCCGAAAUAGCAGCAGUCCUACGUGUAUUGAUUCGUCUGCACACGCUGGUAGUCACACUCCAUCUGUAACGUCUUCAGUGUCUGUAAGUGCUUCAGACACUGGCACGAAUGCAUCAGAUAUUCAAAUAAAUACUUUGUGUCCUCCUGAUACUGCAUCUGCAGAUGCAGCAUCCUCUUCAUCUGUCUCAUCGUCCCAAGAUGGUUUGUACGCGAAGGACUCAUUGCCAUCACGCCUAUUUCAAACUGAUAGAGCUUACAUCUCUGCUUCAGUCUCAAUUUGGCACCUUAUUCUCCCUUCCGGUGCUGCCCAGUCUCAUUCUGAAGGGGAAGCUCCUUAUUGGUAUACAUUAUUUGGGAGGAAUGAAAAUCCUAUAGUUAUUGACAUUGUCAGUAUCCUAAAGAAUUCCCCGACAAUGCCAGGUUGGAAGAAACUGCAUCUAGUUCUCAUUGUCAUUGUUGAAGGCAUCUUAUUAUGUGGCACACAGCCUAUCCGGCCAUCGUUUCCUAUUGUUGAGAUGGUAAAAGACUUUGAGUUUUUCUUCAACUAUCCAUGGGGUCGACAUGCUUUUGAAAGAACAGUUCGGAUGCUCAAAGUUGGGGACAAAGUUCGCUCCCAAUCACACCUUCUCAACAAACUGAAGCAACAUUCCCUUGCCAUUCACGGGUAUCCAAUGGCUAUCCAAUUGCUUCUCUUUAAAUCUAUACCAGCCCUUUUGCAGUAUCUCCCUGGCGCAGAUGAUUUGCGUACAUUCUUGGACAAGCUAGUUGCUGUUUUACCCCCAUUGAAGACAUUUCACAGCGAAAAUAUUCUGCAACUUGAAAAUUCUAAAGACAUACAGGAGAAGUUGCGGCUUCCUGUUACUUUUGAUGGAGAUCAGAAUGUUGCUGUUCUGGUGACCUUACUAGAUAGUGGCCAUCGCUGGUAUAAAGCUGAUUGGGUGGGUGGAGAUGCUUCCCUCCAAAUUGCACCUGCCCGAAAGCGAUUUGCCGCCGAAGACUGUGAGUCCACAGAAAUUGCAAAAUUGAAGGCUGCACUUGCUCGGAUUAGUUAUCAAAAUGCUGCCAGGUAUGGGAAGCUUAAGGCGAAACUUUUAUCUGAAAUGUACUCUCUCCUUGGAGUCAAUAAGGAUAUACCCGCAGCGAAUAAAUAUCCUUUACCCUGGCCGAGAUACGCGCCCCAUACCUGCAUGAUGGGUUCUCCAUGUGAUCCACCAGCAAGUGUGGAUGCGGUGGAUGGGGACCUACCUUCUGGUUCUCAUGAAUCACGACAACCAGUUGCAUAUAAUAAGAUGCUUCACACUAACUUACAAAAUAAAGGAUGUACUGCUAAUGGUAGGGACGUGGGUUGUCAAAGUUACGCUCAGCACCCACCCCCUCAUGUACCUACAGAUGGCGCCAUUGGUGAUGUUGCUACUAAGGUUCUUGGACCGCUUUUUCCCGAGCCAGUUCCGUAUUCAAUAGGUACUCCUGUUGUAAGUGCCACCAAAGUUAUAGUUUCUGACUUGCCUGAUCAGACCAACAGCCCCAGUCCAUCAGUGGACUCCGAGAAGGUUGACUCUGUCGUCUCAGGUGUUCCACAGUUUUCGAGACUGGGUGUCCCUUCAUCUGGUGUACAGCUUGUUGUCUACUCUCGUCGGUCAUAUAUGUCUGUGCCUCUGCAUCCGCUUAAGGGUUCCCAUGUUCAAGGCCUGGACAUGAGUAGUCCGAAACCUUUAGGAUCCCUUCCUCUACUUCCCAUUUGUGAGGCUGCUCAUGCCACCUUUGAUGAUGCUUUGCAGCGAUCUCCGGUUUUACCAACUGUCCCGCAACCGCCACCCGUUCCAACUUCCAGAGGGCCUAUAUUGUCAACAGCUUAUGUUUCUUAUGUGCCUCUCCCAGUUGGUGAUGAAGAUCCUCCUGCACUUCCAAUUAACGUCACUGCUGCUGAUUCAUCUGUAGCCAACCACAUCAUUGCUUCCCCUGCUCAGCAAUUACUCUCAACAACCUCACCUGAUGGGAAGGCACUACUGGCUAUAAAAAAGUUAUACUUCUCCCCCCUCCCAGUCCAUUUACGUGGUUUGCCAGCCGAUUUGACCCCUACAGCCACCAAUGCCGACCUGCUGUUUAAAGGGAAGCGCGUUGAAAAUGAUCUCAAUGUUGUACAUGGUGGACCAACUGUCAAGCGGAAAACCCCUCUCUCUCCCAUCUCUGAUGUUUACAUUCCUUUCCCUGAUCUUAAUCCUCGCUGUGUUCACAAAUUCAAAACCAUUUUGACUGCCUACAAUAAAAAGUCCUAUGAUUUGGAUGGAAUUGAUGUCCCAUCGCAUUUCUUCUCCGACCUUUACACACCUAGAAAGUGGGUUUUCAAAACUCAUAUGGAUUUGAUGCUUAGGCCGUUUUGGCGGCGAUGGGGUUCUUACCUCCUUUCGAAGCGCAUUGUCGUUCUCGACAGCUUACUGACCCAACUUCUGUCAACUAACUAUCCAACAUUCUGCGAAGCUGCUUCCCCAGCCGCAUAUCGCUGGCACCCUCUGCUAGACAGCUACAUUGAUGGCUCCUUUGGUGCUAGAACUGAUAAAUCCAUGUGGUUUAAGGAUGUUGACACAGUUUAUGCGCCCAUGAAUUGGGGGAAUCGUCAUUGGGUUGGUUUAGUCAUCUCUUUGGUAACAAGGCACAUAGUUAUACUCGACCCACUCGUCUGUUCUACAACUGCCCAGGAAACUAGGUCAUAUAUGGAUCCUUUGCUGAAGAUGUUGCCUUACCUUAUCAAGGCCUACUGCCAGCUAGAAGAUAUUCCCCAUGUAGGCGACACUCCUUUCACAUUUUCUCGUAAGAAGGGACUAGCACAGAAUGUUCGUACGGGUGACUGCGGACCAUUUGCUAUGAAAUUCAUUGAAAUGCACUCAUUUGACUGUACUUAUCAACAGAUGGCGAAUAUCACUUCUCCUAUGGUCGAUAAGUUUCGGGAAACACAGACAGUCUAUCCCCCACAUCUGCCAAUGGAUUCACUAGAAGAUGAUUCUGCAGUUGAGAUCUACCGCACCCUUUCCUCAGGUAGUUUUCGGGAUCUUGCCCCAAUGUUACUGGUUGGUAAAAGACAAAGUGCCCUUGCCUUCUCUCCUGGGGUGCUGCAGCAACUCUCUCUCCAUGAGUUCUUCAAUAAUCCAGACUUGGUGAACGAAGGUUCUUCAUUUCGCAAGUUAUUUACAAAAUGUGUAGCUUCCUCUAACCCUGUUGCAGUGUAUCUAGAAGCACUGCGUAUUGCGUGCAAAGAAGCUGAUCUUCCCAAAGCCACUACUUUGCUCUCUACCAUUGUACCCUUCCAUGAGUUUGCUUGCUUUGCAAAAGGAAUGUUUCUAAUCUACUUAGGUUCCCCCACACAAGGCAUGGAAAUCAUUUCACCUCUUUACACUCGGGUUGGGAGUAUUGCUCGUCUUCACGUUAUCGCAAAUGUCGUCUACCGCCAUUUGCGUAUUUUGCACCCUCUUCAGAGAAGGGAUCUUGGUCCUUUCAUAGCUGCUUCCAAGGAGACUAUGAAUUUAGUCUUCAGCAGAGAGGUGCUGUCUUCUGUUGACCUGUCCAACUUCCUCUGUCAAAGUUCAAUGGCCAAUUUGAAACUGGUAUGUGGACUCUUUUACAAAUGUGGGAUAAUGUCGAUGCUUGGGGAGGCUGUCCACAUUGCAGACAUGGUCAUCAUGCAAAUUGUGGAUAUGGGUCCAGCUCAUUCAGGUUUGUAUUUCAGUAGCUACUCCUACCCAGUUGAUGAUAUUCCUGACUGCACCUACAUUUCAUGCGCUGCUGAUAAUGUUUGUGAAGAGUGUUUUGCAUUCUGGUACUCACUCAUCAUUCGAUCUAUCUGCUAAUGCAACCUCCCUGUUUGGAUCCCCUUUUCUAUUGCUAACCUACUGCAAGUCACUGUCUAAUUUAAUCGUUUCCUGUGAUAAAAUGUAAUAUAGUUGUAUUCAAAUC